UUCAACACAGCCACUGCUCGGAGCAUGCGAGCUGCACACAGCUUAUCUUAUCACCAGGUACAAUAUCAACGGUACCAUCCGUCGCACACGAUAACAGUGGCUACAACGAGGACAAUGUGUCGAUCCACGGUGUCAGGCUCAGUGCGUUACUUCACCUCUGCUCCAGCAGACAGACAGAAUUUUCGAAAACGAGGUGCUUUUUUCGUGACAAAAAUGUGACAACCAGCAAAGACAAUGUGAAAAACCGUGUAUGUGUGUGUAUGUGUGAGAUCGUACUAUUUCUAAUAGAAAGUGACAGUACGAGUCAGAACAAAACGAACCCUGCAACGAAACGAUACUUCCGGACCGUACUUCCGGAUCACUUCCCCCUUUCUGUCGCUCUCUACCUAUCUCCCUCUUUCCAUCGUGCUCUCUGCGUUUUUAAAAGCCUCGUGACCUGCUCAAUUGCACGCGUCCUCAAAAUGGCAAGAAUGUGUUACAAUUCGAAUAGCUUCCAUCCGGAAGCAACCGUACUGCUGCUGAUUGCGAUAAGCCUUCCGGCAAUCGUUUUAGCAGGUAGUGUUGGCACAGGUGAAAGCUCAGGCAGCAGCAGCGGAAAAUUCUGCCCCAAAAUAUGUACCUGUGAUGUGAUCGAAGAUUUAAAACGGGCCGAUUGUAGCAAUGAAAAGCUUAUCAACACAUACACGGACGUGCCGUACGAUGUGGAAAUUCUCGAUCUUAGCAUCAACAUCAUAUCCUCGAUCGAGAAUGAAAACUUCAUGCAUUACGACUAUCUAGUGAAGCUGUUCCUGUCGGAAAAUUCCAUCCAAACCAUUUCCCUCGAUGCAUUUGCCAGCCAGCAGCGCUUGACAACGCUGGACCUAUCGUACAACCGUUUGGAACACCUUAACGAGCAACUGUUUGAGCGCAACCUGCAGCUGGUCGAUCUGAACCUUUCGGGUAACAAUUUCAUGAUGCUGCCAGAUGCACCAUUCCUCAAAAGCUACUCUAUACUGUUUCUUCAUCUCUCCAACUGUCGCAUACCGCACGUUUUCGAUACGAUGUUUAUCGAUUUACCGAACUUGCAGUCGUUGGAUCUGUCGAGGAACAUCAUGAAUAGCUUGGCUACGGUUCCUUUCGCGCACCUGAGAAAGCUGACCUCGAUCAAUUUGCUCGACAAUCGAUGGGACUGCAAAACGGAAGGCGUGCGAAAUACGGUUCGAUGGAUAAAGUCGAGAGUGCCUGCUACCGUUGUGGAUAGUUGCUUGCUCUCCGAUCUCCAUUAUCAGGGUAAUCGGUUUGAAAGAAUCAUGGAAGAUCCUACGCUGAACGAUCGGAAACAGCAGCGUCACGAUGUAGCGAUUGAAGAGGUUUGGGGCACACAAAGAUCGCCGCUGCCUAGAGAUGUCGGGGAAGAUCUUUGGCCCAGCUUUAUGAACAAAACCUGCUCCUUCACCGACCUGGAACACGAUGCAUCGAAAGAAUCUUGCGAACAGUUCGUCGAAUGUCAGCGAGCGUACAGUGAACUGUAUCACGCACAUAAGCUGCAACUCACUCGUAAAAACACCCGAUGCAGUGAAUAUUUGCGCACGGGAGUGUUCGUUGGUGGCGUGCUGGUGGGUCUCAUGCUUGGUUCCUUCCUAACAUACACCGUCGGUUGGGUGGUUCGCAGUUGCCGCAAACGUUCCAUGCAGAAGAAAGCGAACGAUGGUCCCGACCAAAGGCGCUUGCAUCGUGAGCUGAGAAGAGAAAUUCGAGGGCGCAAUCAGUUUGAACACACACGUUUAAACGAAUCACCAAUUUUCACGCGAAGUGACCGUGCCCCGGGCACGGUACGAGCUUCCGUACCACAGAAUGACGAAAUUUAUCGAAACCAUGAACACACGCGACAAUUUUUGGUGAACCUUUUCUCCAAACGCCAACCACGCUAUGUGCGCAGCAAUUCGCAGCUCGCCAACAUCAACAACCGAUACAUUCCACCCACUCAGAUACGUGAUGAGCCACGGGAAGUGACGAAUGUGGUGCCUCGUGCAGUUUCCGACACUGGACGACUGUGGGAGCAUCCGUUUGACGUCAACUAUCACGGACGAGAACGGGUACCUACGGACGAACCGGAUGCUUCCUUUCGUCUAAGUGACGAUCUGCAACCGACAUGGAUAAGCAUACGACCGAACGGUCACGGAACGCUUACGCGUAGCCCACGAUCACGCAAAGAUGGGGAUACUACGUUAGGCGAAAGUCCUCCGCCGCCUUAUGCAGAGUGUACAUUGGAUACACAACCACAGCACGAAACGGUUAAUAUGUACUAAAUUCAAUAAGCCUCCCUAGUAUUUAAAGCAGAGAUUAUUAAAAUUACUCAUAAUAAUUGGGAAGAAUAGUUAGAAUACCAAAUAAAAUUUCAAAUAAGCAAUGAACUGUGUUGAUAUCCAA